AAAAACGUCUUCUUCAUGCUUUUCCAGGGCUCCGCAGACUCGUACACCAGCCGGCCGUCGGACUCUGACGUGUCUCUGGAGGAGGACCCCGAGGCUCUGAGAAAGGAGGCUGACAGACAGGCACUUGCCACACUAGAGAAAGCAAAGACCAAACCAGUGGCGUUUGCUGUGAGGACAAAUGUGGGAUACAACCCCGGCCCGAGCGACGAUGUUCCUGUGCAGGGCAUGGCCAUAUCCUUUGAAGCCAAAGACUUCCUGCACAUUAAAGAGAAAUACAACAACGACUGGUGGAUCGGGCGUCUGGUCAAAGAAGGCUGCGAAGUGGGCUUCAUUCCCAGCCCGGUCAAACUGGAGAACACCCGUCUGCUGCAGGAACAACGGAUGAGACAGAACAGACUCAGCUCCAGUAAAUCUGGGGGAAGCUCCAGUCUGGAUGUUGCAACAGGAACCCGCAGGCCCACUCCACCAGGCACAGCUCAUGUGGACACAUCCACUGUGACCAUUGAUGUUGACCCCCUCGACCUGGAUGCCGAGGAACCCCCUGAGUCCCAGGGUGACCCUCGCUCCUCCAAGAACAUGUCAGGCAGCGUUACAUCCCCUCAGGCCAACACCCACCGACUGCCUUUCUUUAAGAAGAUGGAGCAUGUUCCUCCCUACGACGUGGUUCCCUCCAUGAGACCCAUCAUCCUUGUAGGACCUUCACUCAAAGGCUACGAGGUCACUGACAUGAUGCAGAAAGCACUCUUUGACUUUCUCAAACACAAGUUUGAGGGAAGAAUAUCCAUCACACGAGUCACAGCGGACAUUUCCCUGGCCAAACGCUCAGUCCUCAACAACCCCAACAAACACACCAUCAUUGAGCGCUCCAGCACUCGCUCCAGCCUCGACGUACUGGCGGAGGUACAGAGUGAGAUCGAGCGUAUCUUUGAGCUGGCCCGUACCCUGCAGCUGGUGGCUUUGGAUGCAGACACCAUCAACCACCCCUCUCAGCUGGCUAAGACCUCCCUCGCGCCCAUCAUCGUCUAUAUCAAAAUAGCCUCACCUAAGGUUCUCCAGAGACUCAUUAAAUCCAGAGGCAAGUCCCAGGCCAAGCAUUUAAAUGUGCAGAUGGUGGCAGCAGACAAGUUGGCUCAGUGCCCACCUGAAUUGUUUGACAUCAUCCUGGAUGAGAACCAGCUGGAAGACGCCUGCGAGCACCUGGCUGACUACCUGGAGGCUUACUGGAAGGCCACACACCCCCCGAGCAGCAACCCUCCCAACCCGCUGCUCAACCGUACCAUGGCCACGGCGGCUCUGGCUGCCUCCCCUGAGCCCGUCUCCAACCUGCAGGGGCCGUACUUGGUGCACGGAGAGCAGAAGCGAGAAGGUCCUCCGACAGAAUGCGGUGGCAGCAGCACUCUUCAUGACUAUCAGACCGACCUGGGAGGGAAACCUCAGCAGCAGCAGGCGUACCUGCGCUCGUCUCGUGGCCAGCUACGGAGCGGGAGUGGACGAGGCCUUUCGCGGCAGGACACCUUUGACUCUGAGACCCAGGGCAGCCGGGACUCUGCCUACACUGAGGCCGGCGACUCCUGUAUGGACAUUGAAACUGACCCCUACGAAGAGCCUGAGCCCUACCGCGGGGGCGGGGGAAGUCGCCUGCACCUAGCACAGCAUCACGGCAGACAGGCGUCCUGGGAAGAUGAAGGAGCUGAGCCGGACCAAGAGAACCUGAACCAUCCUCCUAUGCCGAGCCAGACGCAGCCGCAUGGACGCGCCAAGCUGAGAGAGCGUUACUGCCAGGACCCUGUGGACACAGGGGCUAACAUAAGUCGCAACAAGAAUCAGGAUGAUUGGGGGAGGGACGUCUACAUCCGCUGAACUGCAACGUCUGCACGGAAAUGGAAGCUGUGGGAAGGUGGCACAGAUGCUUCCAAAAACUUAAGUGUGACUUCGGGGUCAUGAUGAGAACCAGAGCUAAAUAAUGAAUCUGUUUACAUCCCUGUACAAUGUAAAUGAAUCAACUGCCAGAUGUCAUUCUCAUCACCUUCCUCCAGCAGUAAAGUUAUUUCUGUUUAGAAGAAUUAUAUCGCUCUGUUUUUUGUUUAUUUUUAUUCUUAUGUUAAUACUGCAUGAAAACCAUGGAUUUCUAUACUGACAGCACGAGCACAGUAGGUGUCACAAUUGUGAAUCUAAGACUGUGGUCUCCUUCACUUGUAGAGUGUGAAAGCUGGUAGAGCUGUGGUCUGUCAUAUGUGUCCUCUGCAGUCUUUAACAGGGUCUGAAGUCCAGCAUCUCCAAGUGUGCGUGUGUGUCUGUCAGGGCUGCUCUUUAACGUCACUCUGUGCUUUUGGAUGUCAGGGUUUUUCCUCCUGUAGUGAGAACCAGGAGUUGAGUCUCUCAUCUCCACCUCUGGUAUCACCCAGACCUUAAAAUAAGCUCCUGGAGAAGUUGCCAUAUUUAACAAGAAAAGUUCUAAGUCAACAUUUUCAUGUGGGUCACAUGGACAAACUGGCUUUGACAGACAGCUGUUUACUUCACUUGUCAGCUCGACAAAGAACACACUCCAAAGAUGUUGACCUUGUUCCUGACCUGGCUCAGCCUCACCCACCUCCUGAACCAGUCCUCAGGUUCACUCACUCCCCCACAGGUACUAAAAGUGUACCACAGUGCAGACACAACGCAGCACUCCGACACUGGUCAUGUGAAUGUCCUGCCCAUAGACUGCAUAUAGAAAAUGGACAUUGUUGUCCGCAGCAGUAGUGGAGCCUCGGCUGCUUCACUGGUUUCUGAAGUAACUCAGUACAAUUAGCUUCUCUUUGUACAGCACGGUACAGAUUUUAAGCUAGUAUCAUGUUCUUCUGAAGACUUUAUACAUUGACAUUCACAUGGAGUUAGUUCUGAAACCAGUUAAACCAUGUUUAACCAGGGCUUCACUCCUGCAACCAAACAGCAGCGCUGGUGUUUUUAUAUACAGUCUCCGGUCCUGCCUUAGUCACUCCACCCCUUAGAAAACACUAAUUAAAAAAAAUCUCCAAUCACAAGUGCCGGAAUGUCUCACGAAGCCAUGUCCACCACUGCCACGGUGGGACGUCUUAACUCUUGUUACACUCGUUUUCAUACCACGCCCGUGUGUCCUGUGUCCUGUGUCCUGCCGCUUCUCUGCAGCACUGGCUGUUACUGUGGCUUCAACAAAAAAAAACAAAAAAAUCGAUCUAUUUUUCUUUGCACCAGCUUUGUUGUCUGUUUUGCAUCUUUAUAUAUAUAUAUACAUAAAGAUAUAUAUAUAAAGAAGUUGUGUGUGGUUGUUCACUCCACCCAAGCAGCUAUAGUGUGUCUGGUUCUAAAUAUCACUCUUCUUCCUACUCUUUUUGUUCUGGCUGCAUAGGUAUUUUUUUUUUUUUUUUUUGUAUUUAAAAGUUUAAUUACAUGCAUUUCUAAUAGGAGUGCUGAUGCGGGGAUGGGGAGGUGGGGUUUAGGUGCAGCCUGGUUCUUUCCUCAGUUAUCUAUAAUGGAAAAAUCCAUGAAUGUCCUUGGUAGGGUGCCUCGGCCCGUCCAUCUUCAAGUCAAAUAUAUAUAUAGAUAUGAAAUAAUGAACAGUACAUGAUGUUAUUGUUGCGUUCUUGCAAUUGUUAAAAAUAUGAGAUAACAUGUAUCAUUGGUGCCUGACUGUAGCUGCAUUUUGCUUUUUCCUGCCUUUCAUUUUUAACCUGUGGAUAAAUUCGUAUUUUAAUUAAAAUUUUAACCAGGAAGUUGACCUGUGUGAGUUC